UCUUAUCCAAAGCUGCUCACAACCACUGACCUAACUUUCUGUUGAGCAUUUUGGUGUGAGCGUUAUUAACGUCAGGUUUUCAGAAGACAUGGCUGGUCUGAGGUGCACUCUGGGUCUUCUGGCUCUGAUGGUGGUUUCCAUCACAGCUGAUGAGAAUAAGGCUAAAUCUGUCUCUGAGCGGAUUGAGGAAACAAACACAAACAUUGUCGGAUCUCUUGAUGGGCUCUUCCUGGAGGGUGACAUUGUUUAUGAUUCUGAGAGUGAGAGGAACGCCGACCCCUGCACCUCCCACAACUGCAAAUGGGACCAGGCCAGUGAUGGUCUGGUCUACGUGCCCUACGUCAUCGCAAACGACUACAGCUCUAGAGAGCGGGCUGUCAUUGAACGUGGCCUGCAGUCCUUCCACAGUGUUUCCUGCAUCCGAUUUGUCCCUCGAGCCAGUGAAAGAGACUACAUCCACAUCCAGUCUCUGGAUGGGUGCUUCUCCUAUGUGGGUCGGCGUUUCAACGAACAGGCUCUGUCUCUGAAGCGACAGGGCUGCCUGUACCAUGACGUGGUGCAGCACGAGUUGCUGCACGCUCUGGGCUUUAAACACGAGCAGUGCCGCUCCGACCGAGACCAACACAUCCGCAUCCUGUGGGAGAACGUCAUACCUGGUUGGGAGUAUGCCUUUGACAAGAUCAACACUCUUAACCAGGGAACCCCCUAUGACUACAACUCAGUUAUGCAGUACAGCAAGUACGCCUUCUCCAAGAACAACCAGCCCACCAUGGUGCCGAUCCCUGACUCAAAUGUGGACUUUGGUACGGCCACUGAGAUGAGCCAGAACGACAUCACCAGGCUCAACAGGCUGUACAACUGCAGAUAAACCAGACUAGCCCAACACAGGAGUCUCUUCCAGGGGUUCAGCUACCAAACGGAUGCCCUUCUGUGAGAGCAGCAGUCCAAAUUAUGUUUGAUUAUGGUAAUGGUUGAAAUACACAUCAGCUACAACAAGGCCUCUACACUGAGACUCUCAAUCAAAAUACACAUAGAUUGACCUUGAUUUGAGGUCAACAGCUUCAAUAAAAUGUCACAAAAAAACACGA